GACAUGCAGCAGGCAUCGCCAUGACAGCACCACGCCAGAUCCCUUGGCGAUUCCAACGGCGUCUCCCUAACAGGCUAACUAACAGAAAAUGCAUUAUUGCGAACCUGCAAAGUGCAAAGCUGUAAACAGGAACGCCUCCUCGGGUUGGCCACGCGGCCAUGGGGUCUUCCCCAUAUCGGCUCUCGGUAAACGGCAUGCUCUUGGCAUUUGGCAAUACACGGCGAAACAGCAGGGUCGAGCUAAGACCGCGACUAGAACGUCGGUUGAGACUAGCCUAGCAUCCAGGCAAACCUUGAUGGAAAAAAAGCCCUCUCGGCCUCGGAAUGGUACCGAUGCCCAAUCCAAUCGCCCUGCUUCCUUCGGGGCCCCCUGGCACCCCUUCAGCCCAAGUUCUCUCAGUCUUGUCAUCGCACACAGACAUCAUGUCCUGGCCACGAUCCCCAUCCUGCUCACUUGCAGCGACGUCGGUCUGACCCCGAUGCACUAUGCCUCAGAUCUCGGCUGCCAUCCAAGCUGCGGAGGCCGAGGGCCGCAUCCCCCCGGGGAUCAGUCUGGAGUACCUGGCCCAGUCGCGAGAUCGGCCCACCAAGAUCGCCAUCCUCUUCGUCGGCGCCCUGACCUGCCUGAUCGUCAUCGCCAGGUGUUACGCCAGAGUCUUUCUUGUCAAGAAGUUCGGCUGGGAUGACGCCUUGGCUGUAUUUACUCUGUCUCUCUACAUCUCGAUCGUCGCUUUAUCCAUAUUCCUAAUUGACCUGGGUAGUGGCCGACAUAUCGAGUACAUUGAGUAUGUGCUGUCCCUGACCCAGGUCGAUAAGACCGAGGUCUACGACUUCGUUAUGCACAUCUUGUACACAGCCGCCUUGUUCGUCUGUCGGCUGUCCGGUCUGGCCUUCUACCAACGCUUGGCCUCGCGGCACCCCAAAAUUUCGCUAGCCAUCAAGCUCUCGGCGGGCUUCCUGGUCGCUGCUUUCCUGACCCAGUUCUUCCUUCUGUUAUUCCACUGCCUCCCCGUGACCGGCCUUUGGCCGUACGCCUGGCAGCCGCAGAUCGACGAUUAUAACUGCAUCUCCUGGGGCGAUGUCUAUGUGGCCAAUUCAGUCUUGUCGCUGGUCUGCGACAUGAUGAUGUUAACCCUUCCGUCCAUGUUGAUCUACAUGUUGCAAGUGUCCCAGAAGCGGAAAAUCCAGCUGUCCUUGGUCAUGUUUCCGGGAGUUUUGGUUCUCAUCAUCUCGUGUGUUCGCAUGUACCUCGUCAUUAUCGGCCAAUGGUCCUCCGACGGUAGUUGGGCCUACGACCCGAUGCUGGCGAUCGAAACAUCCGAGGUAGGCGGCACCCUUAUCGCGCUCUCGAUUCCCGCCAUGAAAUCAUUAUUCGGAUCCUGGUUUUCGCACCUCAAGGCAUACUCGUCACGAGCAGGGACUAGUCGGAAGCAGAGCGGCGCUGCGCACCGGGCAUACGGGCGAAGCUGGGAAACCGGGGUGAAACUGAACAGCCUGGGAAACAACACUGUGGAUGACGCAUACAAGGUCAAUAUCGGGGCGGAACCGAUAACCCAUAUGCCGACUAGUGAUGGGCACCAACGUUCGGGGAAUGAUGGCUCGUCGGAGGACUUGCUCAUGGACGCAGGUUUCGAUCGACAGCUGGCACUCAAGCACGGCAUCCGCUUGACCGAAGAGGUUUCCGUGUCGUCAUCUAGAGCCUCUGGGCUCCAACAGUUAAGGCGCUGAGGAAUUAAGGGUCAGCAAUAAUAGCGGUAUUAAUCUUCCACACUUGCAGUAGUUCGGUGGGUCAAAAUGUACCCCGGGUCAACACCGCGGAUCGUGGCUGUGCGUUGUUAGAGGGUCAUUAAUAUGUAAACGGGAUUCAGGCAACCGUUCCCUCGGUGUAGCACAUCCAUCCGUGGUCAUCAACUGUAGCCUCGCGAUGCGUGCAAGAGGUGGUGGAUGUGGAUGGUAGAUGGAAGGAAACCUCCGACCGGCACGGGCCUGGCGGAAGCUCGCGCCCGAGUCCGUGAUGCAUCUCGAUCGAGUAUAGCGCGGUUUCCCGCUGCAUCACGUGCCCGUCCUUGUGUCCAUCUAUCUCAGAUUGCAAGCUCCAAACAACAGAUAGCGACCGGGG